AACUCACAAGCAGCGCGCGACACGGCCCUGAAAAAAACUUCCCGUUUGCAAUCCAAGGACGGUGAUUUCUUCCUUUUUGUAUUCGAUUUAUUGUUGCUUAUAUUUUGUUUUACAACACUUUUCUUUCCAUUUGGAACUGUAAGUCAAAGACCGAAGACGAAGCAAACAUGCAGAGUCGACACCGGGACUACAAACAGCAACAGAGGCUCCAAAGUCAGCGCAUACAGCAGGAGCAGCAGAGGCAGGAGCUGGUUCUGAGACUGGACCGAGAGAGGAGAGGACAGGCCGGUCUGAGAGAGGAGGAGAGCUUCGAGAGGCGGAGGUUCGUGAGGCAGCAGCAGGAGGCGCUGAGAGAGCGACAGACGGAGAGCGCUCUCCUGCAGGCAGAGGAGAGAAUGAUGAACAAGGCAAAGCAACUGGAGCAGGAGGAGAGUCUGGCCAGAGAACUGGCUCGAAUCACCUCAGCAAAGGAGAAGGAGGAAAAGACGCGACAGUAUAUCAAAGAAAACAGUUUGGAGCUUCGGGAGCUGGAGGCAAAGCUGAAGUUGGCAUUUGUGAACAAGGAGAGAGCAGCACAAAUAGCUGAGCAGAGAGCCAUCAAGGUUGAGAAAAUGCGUGAGGAAGCCGACUUUUCCAGUAAGUUUAAGAUGGAGCAGGAUCGAGCUGAGCGGGAGAAGCAGAAGCAGGAGCAGCAGCGUCAUGAGGAGCAGCUGCAGUACCAGAGAGAGCUGGAGCAGCAGCUGAUGGAGAGAGAGUACAGCCGGAUGGCAGCCUACGAGGAGUUCCUCAAGGAGAAGCUGAUGGUGGACGAGAUCAUCAGGAAGAUAUAUGAGGAAGAUCAAAUGGACAGAUUACUGAAGCUGGAGAAGGUGAGAGCCACUCAGGAAUACAUCGAGGAGUUCAAGAAGCAGCAGGCCGAAUGGAAGCGUGCGGAGCAAGAGAAGACUGAAGCCGAGAACAGACGCAUCCGAGAGUUUUCUAACUAUCAGCAGCAAAUGGAAGAGAAGAGGACGGCAGCGCUAAGGGAGAGAGAAGAAGCCAAGGAGGUGCUUUACAGAGUUCUCUCAGAGAAGAUGGAGGAAGAGAAGAAGCAGCGAGAAGAGAUGGAGAGAAUCCGGCAGGAGCUUCACUUUGAGGAGCAAGAAGAGGCAAACAGGCGCAAGGAAAUUGAGGAGAUGGAGCAGAAGAUCAGACAACGACUGAUGCUGCAGCAGACCUGCCAGGAGCAAAUGGCAUUUAAAGAGAUGAAACGUCAAGCAGAGAAGGAGGAAGAGGAGGCUUUCAGGAGGAUGAUGAUGGAGAAGUUUGCGGAGGAUGAUCGCAUAGAACAGAUGAACGCACAAAAGCGGCGAAUGAAGCAACUCGAGCAUAAACGACAAGUGGAGAAGUUAAUAGAAGACAGGCGACGACUACGGGAGGCUGAAGUGGAGCGGCAGGCUAAAGAGAGAGCAGCAGAGGAGGAGAGGGAGGCCAUGCGCAGGCAGAUCAUCGAAGAGGAGAGGCAAAAGCUUCUCAAUAUGCACGCGGCAAAAUUAUUCGGAUACCUGCCGAAGGGUUUGUUGAGGGAGGAUGACCUGGAGCACUUUGAUGAGGCCUUGAGGAAACAUUUUGGAAAACAGCCGACUCAUGAUUUCUAAUGUUUUGUUUCUUACCAAACAAUUUGCAGUCAGUGAAACUGUUUUCUUCCAUUGAAAAUCAUACUGAGAUCAUGGUCUUGGCCAGUCAUGCAACAAGCCACUAUUCUCCGCUGCCCCAGUCCAGAGCCUUGACAAAUUCUUCCUCAGUGAACGACAAGAGCUUGGCAGCUUCAAAGUGCAUCUGCAUAAAGACAGAGAAUCAUGUAAGACUCAAGAGACACCGUGGCAAGGCAACAAAACCGACACUCACCUUUUGUUUCUUCAGAAUGUCGAUCAGCUUGAGCUGCUUCUUGAACCCCAUGAUCAGCUCAGAUUUUUGCUUUUGCAACAUUUUGUUUUCAGCCAGUAGAGUUUCUCUUUUUGCGCUCUCCUCUUUGAACAGAUCCUGUUUGGUUAGACAGACAGGUCACCUCAGCAGAAGUCAUAAUGUUAUGGUCAUCAGCGAAGAAAACAAAUAGCUUGCGACUACCCGACCUUGUUUGUCUGCUUCAUUGUGGCAAGUUGUGUUUUCAGCUUCUCCACUUCCUCCAGAGCUCUCGCCAGUCGAACCUCCAGUGUGUUGUGAGCAGCCACAGCUUGUUUGUGCGAGCGCUUCUGAUUCUCCAGCUCCUGGGAAAACAACAGGUGUAAAUACACAACUGAUAUUGAGUAUAUGCAUUGCUAAACAAUUCAGUUGAAUAAUUUUUUUUUUUUACACACCUUGCGUAAAAUAGAGACUUCUGUUUGAAGAGCAUCGCACUUUUUGGCAGACUCUUCUCCAAAAGCUUUGUGUUUGUCUAGUUGAGCCUUUAGACCGACGGUGCUUUUCUCGUGUCGAACUCGAUCUUCUUCAAGAUGUUUCAGUCUUUCAGCGAGUUUAAUGUUUUCAUCGUCCUGCAAUGAGACGCGUUUACGAGAGGGUUUGUCUCCCUCUGCUGACCAAACGUGGCAUAUAAAAAUAUAUAUAUAUAAAAAUAAAACAAUAAACCGCACCUUCUUGUAAU